UGAAAAAAAGAAAGCAAAGGCAGCAGCAACUGCUCUACUCGGAGCGUUGAAUGCCCAAAAUCCAGAGAGAUUCCAUUUUCUAACAACCAAAUUAUCCCCCAAUAAUAAUAAUAAUAAUAAUAAUAAUCAGCACCACUAUUCCAUUCCUCUGGUCUACCACCACCUGCAUGCUAAUUCAUAGCCAAUUGUCUUUGUAGAGAGACUGCGUGUUACCCUGUGUGCAUAAAUGGCAUAGAAAUAGAGAUAGAGACGCAGACACAGAGAGAGAAGCAGAGGCAGUGGUUUUUGUGUUAUCAGUUUGUUUCUUCGAUUGGUUGUUAAUGGUGAUGGCUGUUAGUGCAAAUAAUAAUAAUAAUGAUAAUAACAAUAACGACAGCAAUAAUCAGGAAGCCACGGCGUCUCAGAAACCUCCGUCAACGGCGAAUGGCGUUCCUGUGAAUUCGACCAACAACGGGGCUAGUCUUAGUAAUUCUAACAACCUUUCAACCGGAGACGCCGUGAAUUCCAAAACGCUGUCUUCUUUGAGGCACGAUCCUGGUAUUUCCGUCGAAUGGAGUCCCGAUGAACAGUCCAUUCUGGACGAUUUGCUCUCCAAGUAUGCAUCAGAAUCAAACUUGGUCCGGUAUGCUAAGAUUGCGAUGAAGUUAAAGGACAAAACGGUUCGAGAUGUGGCGCUGCGUUGCAGGUGGAUGACCAAAAAGGAAAAUGGGAAGAGAAGGAAAGAAGAUCAUUCGGCAAGGAAAAAUAAGGAUAGAAAGGAAAAGGCAACAGAUUCUUCAACAAAGUCAUCAUCUCACCUGACAACUCGUCCCAAUGGUCCUUCAUAUGCUCCAGUGAUCCCCAUAGACAUUGAUGAUGGGGUUUCUUACAAAGAUAUUGGUGGUGCAACAGGAGAACUUCUCGAGAAAAAUGCUCAAAUCUUGAGUCAAAUUUCUUCAAAUUUUUCAUCUAUUCAGGUACAUGAUAAUAUCAAUCUUCUAUGCAAAAGUCGGGAGAACAUCCUUGCUCUCUUGAAUGACUUAAAUGACAUGCCAGAGACAAUGAAGCAGAUGCCCCCGCUUCCAGUGAAGUUGAAUGAAGAGCUUGCCAGCAACAUCCUCCCCCCAUGAUUCAUGAGCUCGCUCUCUGGUUGCUGCCCUCAAGUCUGGAUCUUUCAGUCUGAUCUGAAUGUAUUAGUGACAUUCUGUAAUUUAGGUUGGCUGUUUCGAUUAUAUUAGAGAAGCCCGUUUCCCCCCCCAACAGACAAACGAAUGGCUAGCUGCGUAGGGGGAUUCUGACAGUACAAAUGAUUGAAAAACCAGUUACUUCGCAGGUUCAGUUAAUCUUUUUUCUCCCAGAAAAAGUAAUUUUAGCUAUCACAGAUACAGCAGCUUAUUUAUGAAGAAGCUCAAUUAUGUUUCUGAAACCAUUUAUAAGAAGAAAAGGUUUGGAUCAA